UACUAUAUUGUACGUCAAGAGAAUGACUGUAAACUGCGUUUGGGUGGUCCUCCUUUGAGGGACUGUCCAUCAGGUCAGCUGAGUAAAAAGAAAUUCAUCGAAGUCUAUUCCGGUUUCUUCCCGGACGGAAACGCGGAAGAGUUUUGCACACACGUAUUUCGGACAUUUGACAAGGACAAUUCCGGUCGAAUCGAUUUCAAAGAAUUUCUUCUCGCAAUCAAUAUCACAUCAGGCGGAGAUCCUGAGGAGAAACUAGAAUGGGCCUAUCAGAUGUACGAUAUUGACGGGAACGGGACAAUAGAACGAACAGAGAUGGUUGAAAUUAUACGAGCAAUCUAUUCAAUGCUUGGCACGGACAGCAAUGUGGCUGAUCUCAGUCCCGAAGCCAGAGCUGAAGAAAUAUUCGAGAAAAUGGAUGAAAACGGUGAUGGUGUCCUAACUCGGGAAGAAUUCAUGAAAGGAUGCAUGGAAGAUAGCCAAUUAAAGGCAAUGCUCCUAGCGGACGAGCCUGUGGAGUAA